AUGCUGGCUAAGAAUGCCCAAGUUUAUUCCGAUCUUCCGCAAGGGCCAUCUCGAAUCCGGGUUCUGCGACUAUCGCCAGGGAGAUGUGAGGAAGAGAUCACAUGCGACUUGAUUGAAGAACCUCUUCCGCUCGUGGAAUUUGAGGCACUCAGCUACUUCUGGGGUGUAACCUUACGUCCAUACGCCAUCAAGGUCAAUGAGAAGCCAUUUUACAUCGGAUACAACUUGUAUAGUGCACUCAAAGAGCUGCGCAACACCGAGCAUGAAAGACUACUCUGGGUUGACGCUGUAUGCAUCAAUCAGCAUGAUGACACAGAAAAGAGCAACCAAGUUCAAAUGAUGCGAGAUAUAUUUUCGAAAGCUUCAAAGGUGGUGGUGUGGUUGGGCGAAUCAGCUCCUGCUACUGGUUCUAUGUUCGAGUUUGUACGGCAAUUUGGGAAUGCAAAGACAGAGGAAACCGACACACUUUGGGGCAAUCACACCACGCAGUCGACUUGGAUGAGCAUGCAGAAAGAAUACCUCCGUAUCUUUAGGCAUGACUGGUGGCGCCGUGCCUGGGUUGUUCAAGAGGUUGUCGUUGGACGUCACGUAGUCAUGCAAUGUGGUGCCUUCCAAGUGGAUUGGGAAGCCAUGCACAAAUUAUUCACAUACGGCCCCUUCGCAAACGACUUGUUCAGGGGUUACAGGCCCCCCUCAUUUGCUAAGUAUAUCCAAAGCCUCAGAGAAGAGGCGAAUGACGCCGAAGACUCCGGCGUCACACUAGGUGACCUCGUUAUCCGCUUUCGACUACAAUCGGCCACAUUUGGAUCAGACAAGAUAUACGCCCUGCUUGGUUUACUACAUUCGGACAACCCUUCUCUAAUUACGCCUGAUUAUAGCAAGCCGCCAGAUGAAGUAUUCCUGCAGUUUACCGAGUCUUGUCUAGUCCACAUGAAAAACCUGGACAUACUCAGUUAUGCACCUGGGGCACAACUUCACGAUGCGAGUUGGUGUCGAGACUGGCGACUCAACUAUGAUCAUCCGUUUCUUUUCAAAGCCAAGAGAUUGCUAGAUCUUGAAUCGUCCCGACCGUUCUCGGCAUCGGGCCGCCAUCCCCCAUCCUUCGCAAUUAAUCUAGAGCAUCGUAUUCUAACAGUCGCAGGUUGCAAGAUUGACGUAGUGGCAAGAACGGGCAUCGUUCCCGUAAGAGAACCCUGGCAAAAAAUUGAUUGGGGCCAGAUUUUGCGCAGCUGGGAGCGUGUCGCUGAUGAGGAGCUGGGACAUACAGAAACAUCUGCUCUGAGAGAAUCCUUUAAUCGCGCUGUCACUGCGGAUUGCUGGCAGAUUGAACCUACGGACUGGAGGAGAAGAAUCAAGCCCCCGCAGGAUGAUCCAUGCGACGAUGAAGAUAAAAAAUAUAGACUCGCGGUGUACAAUGCCUGUAUCUGCCGCCGAUUCUUUGUCACUAAAAAUGGAAUGUUUGGCUUAGGUCCAUGGGAUAUGAAGAGAGGAGAUACCGUUUCCGUUCUCUUGGGUGGAAAAAUACCCUUCAUACUGCGACGCUGCGUCAACAGAAGCCCAGCAAGGAUCCCCUCUGCAACCUAUCACAAGCUCGUAGGCGAGGCUUUUGUGGACGGGCUGAUGUACCAAGAUGAAGGCUUACAGGAUGACCGCUUGAGGGACUUCCGCUUGAUUUGA